AUGACAAAUAUUGACGAAGAUUCUGGUAUUGAUCUUUUCGAGAAAAAAGAAUUCAAAGAGCCUCUAGAAUUUGAAGUUGAAGCAGUAAAUAUUGCUAUAGAUAGUAAGUUAGUAAUAGAUAAAUUCUUUAAUAUUGAUAUUUUUGAACAACAAGGGCAAGAAGUUGUUGAUAAAAGUUCAACGAUUCAUCAAAAUUCUAUUAAUACUAAAGAUUG